CGGUCCCCCACUCCCCCCUGAUGAGUGUGGGCUGGGCGUUUACUUCCCGAGAACUAGCCGUUGCGCUGCCGACCGUUAGUCGCCAAUGCGCCGCUCGCUCGCUUUUCAAACCUUCCUUCGUUCGCCACGAGCUCCCGUUUUGACCACCGCAUCCUCCUCCACCGGCGCCGCCACCUCCGCUCCGCACGUCGGCCAUGGUCGCGAGGAGCCCCGACGCCAGGCGGUCCAGGCAGACGGCCGCCGCGGCCGCUGCCGCCGCGGCUCUCAACCCCGCCCUCGUCAGGGAGACCCUCAAGAAGGUGGACAGGUGCAUGGCGCGCCUGCAGGAGCUGCAGUACACGGUAGCCGGCGGCGCCAAGGUGGUCUCCGGCGUCAGCCUCAGCCCGCGGAGCACGCGCGGGUACCUCCGCACCAGCCUCCGCUGCAAGCAGGAGACCGUCAGGAUGAGGGCCACACCGGCGCGUAAGACAUCCCCCAACGGCAAGUUCGGCGGCAGUGACGGCGGCGCCACCCAGUGGCGGCGGAUGUCGCUGCCGGCGAUGCUGCUUGGCGAGACCGUGCUGGAGAUCGUCCAGGCCAGCAAGUUCGCGAGCGACAUUGUCGCCGUCGUGGACGCCGGCGCCAACAAGAACAGAGAGGCCCCCAAGACCCCGAACCCCGUAACUAGGACAAGGAAAGUGAACGCCGAGGCGACUCCGCUGCGCGCCCGCCGCGCCAGGGAGAAGCAGAGCCAGCGGGGCACCGCGCGCGCCGAGGCAAGCACGCCGCCGUCGCGCGGCCGCGUGCGGUCCCGCAUCCAGUUCAAGCCCGCCUCGCCGCUCGGGCGGCCGUCGGUGUCCGCAAACCGGGUUUCCCCCAGGAACAGGCCAUGGGCCAAGAAGACAGUGAUGUUCCCCAACCCGGCGUUCCUCGCUUCAACCUCCUCCGCCGCGUACGACUCGCCGUCGCCGUCCAAGAAGCAAAAGCGAUUCUACAAGACUCGUUCCCCGAUCAUCGCCAGGCAGACUCCGCACAAAUUCCUGGUCAAGUCGCCGCCGAGCUCGCUUGGGUCCAAGCUCAAAAGCCAUGGCAAGCUUCUCCCUUCAAGGCCAUUCACCGUGUCGCCACCUGGCAAAGUGCAAGUGGCGGCGGCGGCGGCAUCGGUGUCCAAGACCCGGCGCUGCACGUUCUCGCCGUCACGUUUGGUAUCACGGCUCGUGUCAUCGCCAGGCAAAGCGCAGGCUGCGGCGUCAAACAACAACAACAACAAGGGCCGGCGAUGCUCGUUCUCCCCGUCACGGUUGGCGACAAGGCUCGUGUCGCCGAUCAAGGCGAGGUUGUCUCUGAACAGGAGCCGGGACGGUGGCGUCCAUGGCGGCGGCGGCAUGGUGUGCGGGCUGAAGCAGCGACCGGGAGUCAGCAUGACGGUGCGGACGGUGUCAAGCAGGAUACCAUCAUGAUGCGAUGAUGAAUUGAUCUUGGCUGGGUGGUCUUCACUCUUCGGCGUCUUGCGAAGACGAUGAGAUCGAUGGCCUGGAAAUUGCAGAGAGGGAGAUGAUUUGAGCUCAUUUUCUGCCUAAUAAGUUGUUUGGCUGAGGUAAUCCUCUCUUGGUUGCUUUGUAAAUCGUCAAAAGAUAAUGGUAAUCCUCUCUUGCUGCUUGUACAUCAUCAUAAUACAAUACAGAUUGGUCUGCUCGACCGUACAACCCAAAGGAAAAUUCAGUAUCAUAUUCA